CUCGCUUGAGUCGUCUCACCUUCAGUCAUUCUCUAUCAACAGUCAUUCACUUCAGCUUUGCAAUAAGUCUUUAUUCCCGACAAGAUGCAGUUCCUCGUUAGCUUCUGUCUUUCCUUCGCCUUCCUCGCUGUUUCUGUGCGAGGAGAUCUUCAUCCUGACUGCGUCUGCAACAACGGCGGCACUUACGUCUGGCGCAUGACAACAAAUGCUUGUACCGUAUACAACAAUGCAGCCUACCAGUGGGGUGGCAGCAACUACAACACAGCUUCGGGACGAUGUGACGCGAAUAGCGGAGCCCAGCUCGGAGGUAACGAAUGGGAAGCGGCUUGCAAAUCAGUAGCAAAAACGGGUUUCCAAUGUGUGGAUGGUGUUGGCACUUGCUUCGCGGACCCGGAUGAGGUCCGUGGAAGCUGCUCGAAAUAAGGCCGGUAUGACAUACUGUUAGCUGUAUGUGCAUGCAUGCAACCUACUACAAGACCAACACCGAAUCCAAAGAGGUAUAGGUCAGCACGCAUAUGUACCUAGUACCUACCCAGGCUGCUAGGUACUUGUAGAAUAUCUGGUGUUGGGAGGAUAUUAGAAACCUGGAAAUCAUAAAGAGGAACUUGUAUAUAGCAGUUGAAUGUAGGGUGUUGGAAUAUCAUGGAUUGUUUUA